UGUGAGCAGUGAGAAGAAUAACGGGGCUGCGGGUCCACAGGACGGGACGGGGCCGAUGUAGAGCGCCAUGGCUUGCUUUGACGGCUGCCACUGCUUCAGCCACAAAAGGGGCAGCAGUAUCCUCUACAGCAUUUUAAAAAACGGCACCCAGCCGGAGCGGCAGUCACAGCGAGCGGCGGGUCUCGUCCCGCAACAGGCUUGCGCUUGUGCAUCCAAUACGAAAGUGGCGCUUCGGUAUCCGCAAGUAACGUGCAAAGCGGCGUCCGCGGUGCUGGUCAAGACGCUGAGGUUUGUCAAGAAUGUGCCUUGCUUUUGUGAACUGCCAGGCGACGAUCAGGUGCUGCUGGUCCGAAACAGCUGGGCUCCCCUGCUGGUGCUGGGCAUGGCGCAGGACAGAGUCGACUUCGAGACGACGGAGACGGCCGAGCCCAGCAUGCUGCAAAGGAUCCUGACCGGCGGACGGGAGAAGCGGGAGCAUCCGCAGCACACGGGCGACAAAGUGUCCCUAGCAGACAUCCAGCGCAUUAAAGCCUUUCUGAAUAAAUGCUGGGGACUGGAUAUCAGUACCAAGGAGUACGCCUAUUUGAAGGGAGCCGUCCUGUUCGACCCAGAUCUAGCGGGCCUCCAAUGUCCGCACUACAUCUGCGGGCUGCAAAGCGAAGCGCAGCGAGCGCUGGAUGAGCACGUCGGCAUGAUCCACCGGGAGGACGCGGCCAGGUUCGCCAAGCUCUCCGGCACCCUCUCCCUGCUGAGGUCCGUCCACGCCGACGUGGUCGCCGAGCUGUUUUUCAGACCCAUCAUUGGGACGGUCAGUAUGGAUGAGCUUUUGAUCGAGAUGUUCUACGGGAAAUAGCGGAGCGAAGUUAUCCAACCGGAUAGAAGUGACUUACUGGGAAGAAGUGACCUGUGGUGACAGAGUUGCUCGACUUUAAAUUGUUUACAUUUUAUUUUUGCACAGUGAAAUAUUCCCUGAACUGUACCGGUCGAAAUUCGCAAAAUAAAAACCAGCAUUUAAACACCUGUGACUUUAUUUUACUAGGCUAAUACAAUUCCAAUAAUAAUGUCACUCAAAUUAAUUUGAACUGCACCCGAAAUUCUGAAGAGUCUAUAUUAAUUCAGUAUGGAAAAGAUAUACUCGGAUAAUUGAAGGAAGAAAAAAAAACAAUAAUGGCUGCAAAGGAACCAUAUAGUUCUGUAAAAUAAAGUUUGAACAUACGUACCUCUGUCUUCUAAGCGUUUUCCCUGGUCAGAAUAGCAGAGUAAAGUACGAUGUGGCAACUAAAUAUUGUAAAAAGUCAUACUGUGAAGACUUCCCGUUGAAAAACAGUUACUCGCAUCAUUAAGAAAUGAAAUAUGGGGUGGGCUACACUCAGAAAUAAGCGUAAAAAUUGUACCUUUGCUUGUCACUGAGGCUAUACCCUCAUCACCAAGGUAAAAGCAAUAAUGUACCCCAAAUGGUGCAAGAAUUUUCCUCAGAGUCCAUUUCUUUACCUUAAAAGUCCAAUCAUCUACAGCUAAGAGUACAAUCGGCGGACCCUUGAGGGUGCAGCCCCAGUGACAAGCAAAGCUGCAGAUUUUUACUCUUUUUUUCUGUGAGCGUGCUGUUGCGACAUGUGGACACGCAUUUUAAAGUUUAAGUACUGCAAGCUUUUUUUUUGUUUAAUACCAGAUGUUUUGUUGACGUUAAGAUGCGAAUGCAGCAAUUAUCGUUUCAUAUUGAAAAUAAAGUAUUGUUUCGUCUGCCAAUAAUACAUUUAAUGUUACCAUUCUAUAAAUUUGUGUCUAGAAAUUUCAUGACGUAUGACAACUAUUUUCGUAGAAUGAAUGAAACUCAGCUCCACCUGUAAACGGCACUUGAUUGAAUCCGAGAUCUUUGGACCCUGUCUCAUAAAAAUAUUACUA